UGUGGCAGACAGCAAGGGAAGAUGGCAAAACAUCAUCCGGAUUUGAUUUUCUGCAGGAAACAAGCUGGAGUCGCCAUAGGAAGAUUGUGUGAGAAAUGUGACGGGAAGUGUGUGAUUUGUGAUUCCUAUGUACGUCCCUGUACACUAGUGCGCAUCUGCGAUGAGUGUAACUAUGGAUCUUACCAAGGACGUUGUGUGAUCUGUGGUGGCCCCGGAGUAUCAGAUGCUUAUUACUGCAAAGAGUGCACCAUUCAAGAGAAAGAUAGGGAUGGUUGUCCCAAAAUUGUCAAUUUGGGCAGUUCCAAAACAGAUCUUUUCUAUGAAAGGAAGAAGUACGGCUUUAAGAAGAGAUAGUGAAAAGGCGGAAUCUCUUUCACGGUAGCAGUUUUAUAUGUUUUGCUGGAACUGUUCAUAUUUUAUGUAUUGAAUGGAAUCAAUAAAAUGU